AUGGAUUCCAGAUCACUCACUGCUGUGCCCACAGGGCAUGCGGCAGUCUAUCCUACUAAACGCCCGCAGGAGAUCGCCAUUCAUGGUUUCCGCAUCUCCACGCAGAAGCUACCAAUCUUAAAAGCAGACCCUAUUGAGGAGAUGACAAAAAAGCUCGGCAUUGCCCCCCCGGAAAUGAUCUUUGGUGACAACUAUGUGAUGAUUGAGCAUGACAAAAGUGGCUGGGGUAUCAAUUUCAACUCUUUUGAUGCCCUUGACCGAGUGGAUAAGACUGGACAGUCAAUGUUACAAGUGGCUUAUUCGAAGGAAUGGCAGAAGAGCAGGGAGAAAACGCAUGAAGGCAUAAAAGAAGUAGUGAAGCCAUUCGACUGGUCCUACAGCACCGACUACAAAGGCACCUUGAGGCCCAAUGCACCGCCGUUUGAAGAGACCUCCAAGACGAUUCCCAUCGAACUCCUUACACGCCCUGAUCCUAUACUGUUCUUUGAUGAGGUUGUUCUCUACGAGGAUGAAUUGGCCGACAAUGGGAUCGCCAUGUUAUCAUGUAAAAUCCGUGUGAUGCCCGAAAGGUUGCUCCUUUUGACAAGGUUCUUCAUGAGACUGGACAAUGUAUUGAUCCGCCUUCGGGAUACUCGGGUCUAUGUGGAUUUUCAAACUCGUGAGGUAAUCCGGGAAUACCAAUCGAAGGAGUGUGAAUAUGAGAAAGUGAGACAGAUUCUAGCAAGUACUCGGGGUGAUAUCCCUGCAUUGAUGCGAGAUGCCAAUCGGUUAUCUGAGAUUCUGCCCGUGGUAGAGAAGCGCUCCGAACGAGUCGUCCUGGCGGAAUAA